UCCCGCUUGGACUCCUACCUCACAGCGCUUACCCGGGCCAGAGGACCAGAGCCUGCGACCCUCGCCAGGGCAGCUCCAGCCCCUAGAUUCCCAGGCCUGGGGUGAGGGGUGCUGGCGGUGAGGAGGCAGGGACAGUAGAUAUCCUCCCGGUGGUUUAGUCCGGCCUGGCCUACCGGACCUGCCCGACGGUCGUCGGCCGCAGCUCAGCUAAGCUCCCGGCACCGCCUCCUCCUGGCCCGCGGUAGGCUGCGGCACUUCUGUGGGUGGGGGAAGGCGGGACUGACGCAGAGAUGACAACAGCAACACGACAAGAAGUUCUUGGCCUCUACCGCAGAAUUUUCAGGCUUGCGAGGAAAUGGCAGGCGGCAUCAGGGCAGAUGGAAGACACCAUUAAAGAAAAACAGUACAUAUUAAAUGAAGCCAGAACACUGUUCCAGAAAAACAAAAAUGUCUCAGUCCAGCCCGUAAGUGGCUCAGCGUCCUCAGAAGACCCCAUGAGCCAGGUGACACAAGCCAGUCAGCAAGUGUUGGAGUGCCCAUCCUGUGCCAAACACUGGACUAGACAUGGAGGAUAUAAAAUGAGCGAAACCAAGACAGGAUCCCUCAAAGAUGUUUCAGAGUUAGAUGGCAAGCAGUGUAAAAUUGCAAUUGGGCUCACAGACACAGACCAGAUUAAACAGUGCAUAGACGAAUGCACAGCCAGGAUUGAAAUUGGACUGCAUUACCAGAUUCCUUAUCCAAGGCCAAUUCAUCUGCCUCCAAUGGGCCUUACCCCACUACGAGGCCGGGGACUUCGAAGCCAGGAAAAACUGAGGAAACUUUCCAAACCAGUAUAUCUCAAGUCUCAUGAUGAGAUUUCUUAACCCUGAAGAAAAUUUGUUUCUCAGAAAGAUGAGCCAACUAGGUCUUGAAUGUAAACCAGAUGACAAAACCCUUCUGUUUGAUUAGGGGCAAAAAUUAAAGUAUCUUCUUAAAAACC